AUGUUUGCAUACAAGAUAGGCGGACCGUCGCUGCGGUGCGCAUGCUAUGCGUCUCAACCACCGGCGAUUUCCGUCUUUCGUCCGACCGUGUCAAGGCUUCGCUACCUUUCGCAGCAGCGCGCACAAUACGCCCAGCUGAGAAGUGAAGCCCCAAGGCCUAACAACGAACAGCCACCUAUACCGGAAGAAGUACUACGACAGGCGGUGGACGAUGCUUCCGACGACACAUAUACACAGUUUCCCAAAGUCAAAGUGAGAUACUUGAUUCCUGCAAUUUGGGCACUUUCUGUAUCCGGCGGCAUCUUCUACGGUCUCGCCUACCUAGAGGCCAAGAGCGAACUCAAAUCCAAACCAGCAUCUGGUGGAGGAUGGCUUCAAGCGCCACAAUGGAGUACAAAACAACGUGGCCCGCCGACCCCGACUGAAGUCGUGACUGGAGCCUGGACUAAUCUCGAUCCAAUUUCGAGAGUCACGUAUGGAAUUAUUGGAGCCAACAGCGGUAUCCACCUGAGCAGCUUUCUACUGCCCAGAGCCUGGGAAACACUAUGGCAUCUGCCCGCUCGCAAUGUCAAUUACACACAAUUUACAUCCAUGUUUGUACAUGGUGGAGCUUUGCAUUUCUUCGUCAAUAUGUACUUCUUGAACAACUUCAUGGCCCCAGUCGGAUACUCCCGCCUAUUCGAGGGCAGCCCAUACCAUACAUUAUCGUUCUAUCUCUCAGCUGGUGUGCUUUCGGGCUUCGCUCAACACUGGACAACUUUGAGCACUCGCAUACCUUUUCACAGGCGACCAAUCCCUGAAAUCUUUAUUCGCUCCGGAGGCGCAUCAGGAGCAUUGUUCGGAGUUCUUGGAGUCUUCUGCAUGCAAUAUCCUCAUGCUGGUCUAGGAAUAUUAUUUGUCCCUGUACAUUUCGACGCGCAAUAUGUGCUGCCCGCGAUACUACUUUUCGAUCUGGUUGGCAUUAUUCGAGGGUAUAGCUUUGUGAACUUUGGUCACGCAGCUCAUUUCGCUGGUGGAAUGCUGGGCGUAGCAUACUCGUAUUUCGACGGGAAGACGAAUAUUUGGAAGCCAUUGGUGCGCCAUUGGAAACGCCGCCUGCAGCAAUCCUAG